AUGGACUGUCAUCCUAUAGCCCUAGACGUCUUGCUGCAAACACAAAAAAUACUCAGGGAGAGAGGUAAAAUCAGAUUCCAUAAGUUUGCCUCCAAUAGUCAGAUCGUCGUGGAUGCUUUGUCACCUGGGGACAGGGCUGGAGAUCUUAGUGACGUACAAUUAGAUAUAAAUACUAUACCAUCACAGAGUAGUCUGGGCUUGAAGUGGAACAUAUCGUCAGAUACUUUUACCUUCUCUACGGAUCUCAAAGAUGUACCAGAAACAAAACGAGGCGUUUUAUCUUAUUUGCAUAGUCUGUAUGAUCCAAUAGGUUUUCUAUCACCAGUCAUUCUAUCAGGAAGAUUCAUUUUCCGUGACAUAACACAGUUGGAACUCGGAUGGGACGAGCUGCUACCCAAGGACAUCAUCUUGCGCUGGCGGUCAUGGCAAAGUUCUCUCCAUCACUUGUCUGAAGUAGAAAUACCUCGACGUUAUGUUCCAACAUCCAUUAAAAAUACAGAAAGGAUUGAGCUCCAUACCUUUGCAGAUGCUUCUGAAAAGGCCAUAUCAGCUGUCACAUACAUCAAAAUUACAAGAAAUGGAAAAAAUCAUGUAGGAUUCAUUACAGGGAAAUCGAAAUUAGCAUCUCACCAUGGACAUACAAUUCCAAGGCUAGAACUUUGUGCAGCACUUCUUGCUACAGAAAUUACUACCUUUGUUGAACGUCAGUUUGAUACACAGAUUGAUGAUAUUCGAUUCUAUACUGACAGCCGAGUUGUUUUGGGGUACCUACAUAACAAGACUAGGCGAUUUCACACAUACGUCUCUAACAGGGUUCAUCGCAUACUCAACAAUUCAUCUCCUGAACAGUGGACUUUUGUCGCAUCAGACCAGAAUCCAACUGAUAUUGGAACGCGCUCUAUGCCAGUGAACGAAUGA